GGAGCUGAUGUGGCCGUGUAUCUACGUCGACCUAAAAUACUAUGCCAAAACACUAGCUGGCGGUGGCGUGUCUUUGACACUGUUUUGAACUUGUGUUUCUUCUUCGUGCAUUUCAAACGAUGGCAACUGAAACGGAGCGGCAUAUGUUGGAGUUGGAGCUAUUAAAUGUUGAAGAACAGCUACUCUUACUGAAAUUACUGCAACGCAAAAAAGAGAAAAGACGUCGCAGAUGGUGUGUACAACCACAGAACCGACUGAGACCGGAAGAGGGUGAAUUUUCUGUGGUUGUCCGGUCACUGAGAGACAUGGACGAAGAAAUGCAUUUCAAGUAUUUUCGGAUGUCUGCAUUUAGGUUCGACGAUUUGGUUCGUCGCCUGCAACCAUAUAUCUCACAUCAAUCAACGCACAGUAUGCCAAUAGACAUUACUCAGAGACUGGCAAUCACGCUUCGCGUUUUAGCUUCAGGUGGAAGUCAACAUGCUGUAGCAGCAAGCUACAAACUGGCUGCAAGCACCCUGUCCUUCAUAGUUUCGGAGGUCUGUAAAGCUUUAUGGAAAGCACUACAGCCAGAAUUUCUUCCCUGUCCUUCAGCUGCACAAUGGAAAGGCAUUGCAGCUGAUUUUUGGCGAAUAUGGAAUUUUCCGAAUUGUGCCGGUAGCAUAGAUGGGAAACACGUGAAUAUCAAGGCACCACAGCGCAUCGGGAACAGCAAUUUUGUCCUGAUGGCUAUGUGUGAUGCCAGAUAUCGCUUUACCAUGGUGGAUAUAGGGGAACACGAACGGGAAAGUGAUGGGGGCAUUUUCAGUGACAGCCGUUUAGGUUCCAGGCUGCUUGAGCACAAACUGAACCUGCCCCCACCAGCCAAUCUUCAAGGAACAGAAGUCAGAAUCCCGCAUGUAGUCGUUGGUAAUGCUGCGUUCCCCCUACAUGACAACCUCAUGGGUCCCAUUCAAGGGACAAGGCUGUCUAGGGAAAAGCAGAUCUACAACUACCGCCACUCCAGAGCCUACCAGGUGAUCGACAACACAUUUGGCAUUUUGGUCGCGCGGUGGAGAAUCCUCGGUCGACCACUAGAAUUUCUGCCUGACAAAGCAGUGAACGUGGUUAAAGCGUGUAUCGCGCUACAUAACUUCCUUGCCUACAAUGAUGAAGUUAGCACACCUGUGAGCAAGUACAUCCCUGAGGAUUUUGCAGACUCGGACACUACUGGGUCGCCUCAGCCAGGUGAUUGGCGAGGAAUCGUAGCCGAGGACACGAAUCUUUUGGAACCACUAGACCCUGAAUACCUUUCAAGGUCUCGGCCCACCAAGACUGCCAUUGGUAUCAGAAACGAUCUGAUGGCGUUCUUUCUGUCAUCCCAUGGGCGCUUGCCAUGGCAGGACAACUGCGUGCCUUGGUCAACUUGGUUAGGAAGUUAUACUGGUUCAAAAUCGGAAGUAGUUGUAAGCCUGCAUUGAUGUUAAAGUUCUGUUACAAAAUCAAGUUGUCAUAUGCGGUAAUUUGUGCACAGUAACCUAGGCUACGAAGUGCAACGCUGUAAAACUCUGAAUUACUGUAUAUGCCCAGAAUGUUGUGGGUAAUAAAAAGCAAAGUGACAAAACAUUUAAAAAAUGUU